GUCCCCCGCGACCCUGAUAUUCACUCUUGCAUGGACUCCACCUUCGAUGGUCAGUCUCAUCGCCAAGAAUUUAUUCCCAUUUGUAAUGGCUGCUGUUGAUUGGCGAACCCUUUUUUUUUCGGUACCUGACACUAAAAAUCGCGUUGGGGUUUUUUGAGCAACUGAUGUUCGUAUGCGAACCUGUCUACCAGCAGUCCCCGAAAUAUCUAUUCGGUCACCCGUCGCAAUAGAGAUAUGCAUAGCACACCAAACGCUAGUAGUUUCACUCCUUUCCAAUUCAUUUCAUAGUCCGUACCUAGAAAGCGACAUCGGUCUGCCAGGCAGCAGUCCCAGGUCGAGAAUAUGCGCACGUUAGAAAGCCACAGAAACCGAACACCCAUCAAACCGAAUGUAUUGGGAGAAAAUUCCACUCUAUGUUGAUAUUUAAAGCAACGCCGCAAAUUCAUUCGCCUUAGUAACAGAAGAGCAUAGGUACCUAUUUUUCAAAAAGGUAGAUACUAAAAGGAACCCUACUUUUUUUGUCUUAAUAUUUAGCAAACGAAACGACCAAGGUCGCAACUUUUAACCAGUUCAUCGUCCCCCCCCCCCCCCUUAUCGACUGAGAUUUGCAUACAAAAGAGACAACAGGUAUUGCACGUGGUGCUGGGACGGCGGCAGCUCAUCCGCCCGCGAUUCAACGAGUGCCGGCUCAGCACCUGGUCCCUUGUGGUCUACAUGGUUGCCGGUGCAAGGGGGCUUGGGGCAUGUUCGCCGGGGACAUAUCGCGCUGGAACCGCGGCGGCUUGCUGCGCCACACGGUACCGCAUAGGUACGAGCGCGCGCACGCGGAUUUCAAGGCCUUGACUCAAGCUUUAGACGUCGUAGCCGAUAUCCGGUCGAUUCACCCGGAUCUCGCCCAAGUACGGAUCUCGUCUAAUUCUAUGUGCCUAGUCGACUUGGUGGCGAUAUGGAUGUGGGAAUGGAAGCAGACGGGUGGGAGAAUGGCAAGCCGCCGCAUAGCGAAGCAUCAUGGCGGUGUUUAUGACUUUCAUGUGAGGCUGGAAGGUAUCUGGUAUGGGGGGCUAACUGCAAUGCCUAGUUCUGGUAUAAUCGACAUCCAGGAUGAAUCGUGUCGCCAGUGAAUUGGCCGGCCGGGCUUUCAGCCUUUGACACAUAGCCCAGGACAAUAUAUGCAGUUGAGGUGUGGUUGCACAGCAGGCCGCUUGUUAGUAUGCCUGCGUAUACCUAUGGACUAGGUACACCAUCCAACUAUAGGGACGGAUUCUUAGGUGUAGGUGAUGAUAGAUUAUAGGUAGGUGCCUGUGACCGAGGAGAUGCGGCGAUUCAAUUAGUGUCGUACUCGGCCAUCAUGUGUAGGUCGAUUUCGACACAUACCAUCUAUGUGCUUUUCCUACCUUCCAUUGGUGGCCUUGAUAGGGUAUACACCCCCUUUUCAUCUGCAUAUAAUAUACACACCAUGCAUCACCGCCACAUCUUAAUGCUAAGGCAGAUUCCAUGACUGCCCAGCCUACUGUACAUAGCCUCACCUUAUUCGUCUCUUAAUCAUGGGC